AUGGUUUUAAAUAAAAAAGGUUAUCGACACUGGGACUUCCCAAGCGGUCCCCCACCUUAGUACUAACCCAGCCUUAAGGCGCUUAACUUCGGAGUUCGAAUGGGAUCCGGUGUUUUCACCUUAGUAUGGCCGAUAACAAAACUUACUUAAAUCUAAAUCUAAAUAUAUAUAUAAUAAAUAAAAAGCUAAAAAGGUUAUCGACACUGGGACUUCCCAAGCGGUCCCCCACCUUAGUACUAACCCAGCCUUAAGGCGCUUAACUUCGGAGUUCGAAUGGGAUCCGGUGUUUUCACCUUAGUAUGGCCGAUAACAAAAUUAAUAAAAUAAAUAUCUAUUUAAUAUAAAAUAUUAAUCCAUAUUCUAAUUAAAAAAAAUUAAAAAUUUAAGAAAAUCUACUUAUUUUUUAAAAUAACCUACAUAAAAAAAUAAAAUAAAAUAAAAAAGGUUAUCGACACUGGGACUUCCCAAGCGGUCCCCCACCUUAGUACUAACCCAGCCUUAAGGCGCUUAACUUCGGAGUUCGAAUGGGAUCCGGUGUUUUCACCUUAGUAUGGCCGAUAACAAAAUUAAUAAAAUGAAUGUUAUCGACACUGGGACUUCCCAAGCGGUCCCCCACCUUAGUACUAACCCAGCCUUAAGGCGCUUAACUUCGGAGUUCGAAUGGGAUCCGGUGUUUUCACCUUAGUAUGGCCGAUAACAAAAUUAAUAAAUUGA